GUUUAUAUCUUAGAUGCUUUUCUAUUGUUUAAGAAAAAGAAAGUAAAAUAAAUGUGUUAAGUCUAGUUCAGCAUCCUCAAAUUACUAAAUCCGGUUUAUUAUAUUAUCAAAGAAAUAUUUUGAAUAUUAAGAAGAAUGUCCACAAAACGGAAGUCAGACAUUAAUGAUGUCAAUAACGGUAAACGUAAUAGAAAAUCUAAAGAUGAAGAAGAAGAAAGCGAUCGUUCUGAAAACGGGAAUUCGCAUGUUGAAGUUUUGAUCCCAUCUGACGAAUUAGAUAACACCUCCAAACUGCCUGAAGACUUAUUAAAAACUUAUGAAAAGGGAUCUGGGCAACUUUUAAUAGCUGGAAUGGUUACUUGGGAUUUGGUAGGAAAAAGAGACGCUAAAAAAGUCGCAAAAGUUCGGCCAAAUCUCUACUCAUUUAACAAAUUUACGGAUGCGAAAUACAAAUAUAUCGCAAGCGGGUGUGCAGCUGCACAUAAUAUUGUGGUUAACACAGAAGGCCAAGCUUUAACUUUUGGUCGAAAUCCGUUUGGUCAAUUAGGCCAAUCAGAAUUGAAGUGUUAUGAAAAACCAACUUUAGUUCCAGGUCUUGAAAAUCUAAAUAUUAUACAAGCAGCUGCAGGAAGAAACCAUACACUAUUUUUGUCAGAUAAUGGUACUGUUUAUGCUUGUGGUGAUAACAAAAGUGGACAAUGUGGUAUUGGAAACACACAGCCUAUUGUGCAAAAUGCUACAAGAAUAAAUUAUAGGGGACCACCGAUAGUACGUGUCGCUUGCGGAGCUGAAUUCUCAGCAAUUUUAGACAUCAAAGGUAAUUUAUAUACCUUCGGUCUACCCGAGUAUGGCCAGUUAGGUCAUAAUACCGACGGAAAAUACUUCGUAACAGCUAACAAGCUUACAUUCCACUUUGAAACAUCGCCAAAAAAAGUUCUUCUUUAUAUUGAAAAAACAAAGGAAGGGCAUAUUACACCAGUCGAAAACGUAUCAAUUGUCGACAUCGCUUGUGGUAGUAAUCACACGAUUGCAAUCGACUCGAAAAAGCGAGUUUACAGUUGGGGAUUUGGUGGUUUUGGACGAUUGGGACAUGCAGAGCAAAAAGAUGAAAUGGUUCCCAGGUUAAUAAAAAUGUUUGACAGUCAAGGCCGUGGGGUAACCAAGGUUUUUUGUGGAUCUUCUUUUAGCCUUGCCAUAACUGACAUUGGGCAAUUGUACUUAUUUGGACAAAACAAAAAGACAGGGGAGGCAAAUAUGUACCCAAAGCCAGUGCAAGAUUUGGCAGGUUGGAACAUAACAGAUGUAGGUUGUUCUUACACAUCCAUUGUCAUAUCAGCUGACGAUACUUUAAUUUCAUGGGGUGCUUCACCAACUUACGGCGAAUUGGGUCUUGGUGACAUGCAAAAAUCAUCAACCACACCUAAAGAAGUAACAAAAUGUGAAGGAAUGAAAAUACCUCAAGUCACCAUGGGCCAGUCUCAUUCUUUAUUACUUGUUGAUACUUCUGAUGAAAAAACUAAAGAGAAGUAUGAAAAGUUUGUGGAAUUUGAUCCUGAUGACUAAUUUUUAGAAUAAUUUUUGCUACAAUUCAUUUAAAUAAAAAAUACAUACAUACUUUAAAACAUAAGAGUUCCAUUUUAAAUCCAUAUAAAACAUACAUGCAUAAUAUGAUAUUUAAGAAAAAAUUUAAAAUUUUUAUAAUU